GACGUUGUGCGCGGUAAGGGAAAAGGCCUCAUCAUUCUCCUCCACGGAUCUCCAGGCGUCGGGAAGACGUCCACAGCGGAAUGCGUAGCCGCCCAUACGGGUCGACCGUUGUUUCCAAUCACCUGUGGUGACCUUGGAGGAACCAGUGCGCAGGAAGUUGAAGAAAACUUGGAGCGAUUCUUCGAAUUGGCUAUGAAAUGGGGGUGCGUGUUGUUGUUAGAUGAAGCCGAUGUCUUCCUGGGCGAGCGCAUCCAGGGAAACAUUAUCCAGAACAGUUUGGUCUCUGUCUUCCUACGCGUGCUGGAAUAUUAUUCUGGGGUCCUGAUCCUGACCACGAACCGCGUGGGACAAUUUGACGAGGCAGCGACAUCUCGCAUCCACUGUGCCUUGUAUUAUCCGCCUUUUAGCAAGCGGCGAGCCCUGGAGGUGUGGCAGAAGAACGUCGACCGGCUGAAACGCGAGAAUGGGUUGUUCACCACUCCUAUUCAACUAGAUGCAAAGAAGAUCAUGAAGUUCGCAAAUCGCCAGUGGGAGGCUGGGACCCGCUGGAACGGCCACCAGAUCAAAAACGCAUUUCAAACCGCCGUUGCGCUGGCC